UUUUGUUUUUGAAGGGGAGAAACUUCUGUGGUUUUCAAAAAUGUGGUGAUGUUGUCUCUCCCAAUUACUUUUGCCAACCUUACUCCGCACUAAUUUGAGCUUAGUGAUCGUGUUGUUAUAUAUGGGAAUUUGCUGUUGUAAGACCCACGAACCACUCAGACAGGACAGCUACGAUGUGGAAUACGGAAGGAGUAAUAUUCCUUCGGCCAAUGGGGUGUCUGAUCACACAGAUAAUCUUGUUUUGGAUGCCCUUCGCGCUCUCAGGAAGCUCGCAGAGAAUAACAUGGAGCCUCCGGAGUGCAUGACAAUUCUACACUCCUUAGCCGAAGAAGAGGAGGGAUGGCUUAAUGUUGUCAAGUCCUGUAUAUUUGCUAUUCCUCUGGAAGAUUCACUUGGAGCUGCUGUUGUCUGUCUCCUUCUUGAUGAGUGUCCACUUCCUACAAGGCAUGCAAUACAGACUCUUUCAUCAAGACUGAACUUAUCCAGGAAUCUUAAAAGACUUGUAUUUAAUACCGAGCAAGAUUGUCGUGAAGGAGACCUUACCCCUUCAAUUUGCCGCAACCUGGCUGUUGUCUUGGCAUGCUUAGCUGAGAAGUUGGCUGGUCCACUUAGUAUUCUGUUGCUGACACAAGGUACACUGGAUUUUCUUAUGCAGCGACUGAUGUCCCAUGAAAGACAUUUUCUUUUCCUUUUUUUUUUUUGCAGUAACAUGGAGCCUCCGGAGUGCAUGACAAUUCUACACUCCUUAGCCGAAGAAGAGGAGGGAUGGCUUAAUGUUGUCAAGUCCUGUAUAUUUGCUAUUCCUCUGGAAGAUUCACUUGGAGCUGCUGUUGUCUGUCUCCUUCUUGAUGAGUGUCCACUUCCUACAAGGCAUGCAAUACAGACUCUUUCAUCAAGACUGAACUUAUCCAGGAAUCUUAAAAGACUUGUAUUUAAUACCGAGCAAGAUUGUCGUGAAGGAGACCUUACCCCUUCAAUUUGCCGCAACCUGGCUGUUGUCUUGGCAUGCUUAGCUGAGAAGUUGGCUGGUCCACUUAGUAUUCUGUUGCUGACACAAGGUACACUGGAUUUUCUUAUGCAGCGACUGACAAUAGAUGAAAGUCCUGGUGUAGUGCUGAACUCAAUCUUAGCCCUGGAAAAAUUUGCACAAACAAGUGAGAACAAGCUGACCAUUCGAGAUGCUGGCAUAGCAGAGAUAGUUGCAAAAUUGGAAAAAGAAUGGCUAGGAAGCAAAGACUUUGAGCAACACCAGGCUGGAUUUUGCUCUCAGUGGCUUCUUGACAACAUAUUUCGCUUUGAGGAUCGUCCUUACUCUUAUGAAAUAGCAGAUGUGAGUGAGAUCAAUGUAAUGCUCAAUAAUAAUGAUGUCAGUGAUUAUCUAAAAAUAUCACCCACUGGCCUUGAGGCAAGGUGUGAUGCAUCAUCAUUUGAAAGUGUGCGUUGUACAUUUUCUGUCUCUUCAGGUGUAUGGUAUUAUGAAGUAAUCCUCCUAACAGCAGGUGUAAUGCAGAUUGGGUGGGCCACAAAAGACAGCAAGUUUCUCAACCAUGAAGGGUAUGGUAUCGGUGAUGAUGAGUUCUCUUAUGCAUAUGAUGGCUGCAGGCAGCUAAUAUGGCAUGGUGCCAGAAGCACACCUCACCAUCACCGCCCGUGGAUACCAGGUGAUGUGCUGGGACUUCUUAUAGAUUUAGAGAGAGGGAAAGUAGCUUUUUCGUUGAAUGGAAAUGCCAUCGAAAGAGAUUUUAAAGCGGCACUUUCAGGAGCUGGAUUCUUCGCUGCUGCAAGUUUUAUGUCUUUUCAGCAUUGCAUUUUCAAUUUUGGAGCUGAUCCCUUCAAGUUUCCUCCGCAGGUAACAUUCCAGAGUUUUAACGAUUUCGCAAACAUGAAAGCGGAAGACAAAGUAAUCUUACCAAGGAAUUUGAAGCUAGCUGCUAUUCGCCAAGAGAGUGUAACCGGUGAUCCGUGUAAAAUAUGUUUUGAACGCGCUGUUGAUACCAGAUUGGAACCCUGUAAUCACCGGGACGUUUGUAUGAGGUGCGCUCUGCAAGUUGAAGACUGUCCCAUGUGCAGGAGGCGCAUUCAAGAUAGGGUCCUCGAGGACCAUAGUGUACCACCCUCGCCCCAGGACACCAGCUGACAGUGGUUUGUUGCUAGGCAAUAGCGAAGGACUGCGAGGCCGGUUAGCAUAGGAACGGGCCACUGCCAUUAACACUGGACCAGGCAAGAUGCGAGAAAACACCAAAGGCUUCAAAAUAUGCUGCUCAUCUCAAAUCCUGGCUGCACUUCCCUACAGCACAACUGAAUUAACGUUGAUUAUGAUAUUAGUCUUACUAAGACUUGGAGAAUUCAUUUCUCCCUCAAUCAUGCCGGAUAAUUUAAAAGCUAAAAUUCUGUAAACAUAGCUUUUUAGUGGUAUCAUUUAAAAUUUUGGCAUGAAUUCUAAUGAAACUAAAGAAUGACAACAAAUUUGUGAUUUGUGUGGAGAACCAUGGACAAAUGUAAUAUGCUUAAAAUUUUUGUUUUUUUAAUUAUCCCGUUCAAAUUUCAGCGUUAAAUGUAUGUUUUUAAAUUCACUUGUAUUGAAUUGCUAAGUGCAAGGAAGAUAUCUAUACAUAGGAGCGGUUUUCGAGAAUCUCAAUGCCUCUUGUCAAUUUAAAAUAAAGUUAAAGUAUUACAUUUA